AUGGGUCAACUUCAUGAUAAGCUUGAACGAUAUGAACCUGAUGAACAAACCAAAAAUUUAUGCACAAAUUAUAUCUAUUUCCUUUUUUUUUACAAUUCUUAUGUUUUAAUAUUAUUUAUAUAUACCUUUUUUACAAAUUCUAUAUCUUCUUUUGGGUGGCUAUUUUUUAUGAAUCUAUAUUUUUGUGUAUUUCCUGUGUUUUCAUUUUUAAGAAACUCAUAUGUGCCUACAUUUUUGAGAUUUUAUAAUUGGAUGCUAUUGGUUUCCUGUAUAAUUUCUAUUUUCAUUCUAGUUGAAGGAAUAUUUUUAUAUAAAAAAUUAGAUCUUUAUUUAAUGAUUAUUUAUUCCUUUCUAACAACGUUUAAUUUAAUAUUAUGCUGGAAUGUUACACAAAAAAUAUUCGAAGGAAGAAAAACAGUAGAUGAUAUUUUAGAAACCUUAAAAUCUAAGGACAUUAGUAAAAAUAAAAGCACUGAUUCAAGUAUUAAAAAAGAAGAAAAUCAAAAGAAAUUUAUAGGAAAAGGAAAAACUAUAAAAGAUUCUAAUUAUGUUAAAGUAUAG